AAUUAAACAUAAAAUUAUUUUACAUCAAAAUUACGUACCACGAUAAAAUCUAGGUGCACCUUACCUGUACACACCUACGGAUGCACAUGCAAGCUGCACCCCAGCUAACUAAUGGAGGCCUCCCUUCAUAAAUGUCCCUUAAAUAACCAGAAACGAUGGGUCCUUCGGUCUUUUGUAGCAGUUUAAAUAGUAGGUGACCCCAGUAACCAUUCUUUACACCAUGGAAACCAGCAGCCAUCGUCCCGAAGAGAGUCCAUACGUCCCCAUGGAUGCACGCAUGAAGCAGCAGCACCGCUUUAAAGAAGCAACGCCCGAGGCCACAAGCUCAAGCCCAAGCCCAAGCCCAAGCCCAUACCCAAGCCCAAGCCCAAGCCCAAGCCCAAAGCGAGCCUCCAAUUUCUCCCUGGUGAUGUCGCCCUGUAGCUCGCCCGAGUCACCUUGGUCCCUCUCACCAUUGCACCGCCACCCCGCACCACCACACCUCCUCUUUCGCUGUGUGGCCACACUUAGCGCCAAAGACGGCAACGUGUUGGCCAUUGCAGUGGCCAAAGGCGCCGUUUUCACUGGGUCGGAGAGCAAGCGAGUCAGGGUCUGGCAGCACCCAGAUUGUCUCGAGAGGGGCAGCCUCAGGUCGAGCUCUGGCGGUGUUAGGUCGAUCCAUGCAGUUGGAGACAGGGUCUUCACCGCCCAUGAUGACUGUAGGAUUCGGGUGUGGCGUGUGCCGAAGCCGAAUCUCCCGUUCCGUCAGGAGAGGCUGGCGACCCUGCCAACGACAUCGUUCUUUCCCCGCCUCCGCCCCCACAACCUUCACCGAGCCCCCAUCACGAGCUUGGCGUACCACCAAGCUGAAGGCCUUCUAUAUUCAGGUUCGGUCGACUGUACGGUGCGGUCGUGGUGUGCAGCGGAUGCGCGGUGCAUCGACUGCAUCGCUGCACAUGACGAUGCAGUAACUGCAGUGGCUUUGAACCCGGAGGACGGGACUUUGUUUACUGCUUCUUCAGAUGGCACAAUCAAGCUCUGGAAGCGAGUGUGGGGUCAGAGCGCACACACUCUAACCAUGACUCUGCGUUUCCAAGCUUCACCAGUGAACGCACUAGCGCUCGCGCCCCGGGGGCGGUUCCUGUACUCGGGCUCAUCAGAUGGGUUUGUGAAUUUUUGGGAGAAGGAGGGGACCUCCUGUCGGUACAAUCACGGCGGGCUUUUACAGGGCCACAGGUUUGCAGUGCUCUGUCUCGCAUGUGCAGAGAGGAUCGUGGUGAGUGGGUCAGAGGACGCAACUAUUAGGGUUUGGAGGAGGGAGGGGGGAAGCUUGCAUGAAUGCUUGGCGGUGCUUGAGGGACACAGGGGUCCGGUGGGGUGCGUGGCUGCGUGGUUGGAGGCCGAGGGAGGGGCGGUGGGCGUGGUUGUGUAUAGUGGGAGUUUGGAUAGGACUGUGAAGGUGUGGAGGUUGAGUAUUGUGAAUGGAGGAGGAGAGAUGAAGGUUGAGGGAGAGGAGCGAGUGGUGGAGUUUGAGACCAGCCCUGUGCUAUCGCCUUCAUGGGUGGAGAAGAAGUUACAGGCGGCGUACAUGCAGUAGUUGGGAGGAUUAAUAUUAAACAUACUCCACCUCCUCACUUGAUCUCUCUUUCAAUAAAAAUGGUGAUCUCUCUCUGUAAGGGUUCAUUUUCGAAACCUUUCUUUGUCUUAAAUACCUCUCUCUCUCUCUCCUCUCUCUCUUGUUUUUGGAGGUUUAGGUCUCUCUCUCAUCAUGGGUUUCUCAGGAUUCACACUAGACUUCUCUCUCUCUCUCUUAUCAGUCAUUUGGAGUUCUCAAACUGAGAUUAUAGCUUGAACUGGUGCGGUUCGGAUGGUGUCUUUGAGAUUUUGAUAAAUAGUAGAGUU